AAUUUUCUCAUUUCUUUGAUACUUUUUGUUGAAUGUUUUGUCAAUAAAAGUCUCUCUGCGUGGUAAAAAAAAAUGGAAGAAGUUGAUAUUCCGGUUAACAUUACAAAUGAUCUGGAGAGAAAAAUUGCCGAUGCAUUCCUCAUAUUUGACCAUCAUGGCAGUAAAGUGGUUGAUGUGAGGGAAAUUGGAACAAUUCUGCGAUUUUUAGGCUGCGUACCAUCGGAGAAUGAGAUCAAUGAAAUAAUCUCAGCAACGGAAUUUGAAGAUUCCAAUGGAACAGUACACCUGGCCAAGUUCCUUCCACACGUCCAUCAGUUGCUGCUGGAGCGUAAAAUGGAGCCCGCAGCCCCGGAGAAGCUACUCAAGGCAUUUCAGAUUCUCGAUUCCGACGGGAAGGGCUUCAUUCAGCGUGACUACAUCAGUAAACUCAUGAUGGAGGAAGGUGAACCCUUCAGUCAGGAUGAGUUGGAUGAAAUGAUGGCCAUUGCUGUGGAUUCGCAGACCAACCGAAUUCCCUAUGAGUUGUAUAUCAAUCAGUUGAUGGUUGAAUAGAGUUUUGAGUCAUAAAAUGAGAUUUACUCU